AGUUGCAGCUCAAACUUCCACCCCUUGUUUAGAGAAGGGGUGGAAAUCAGGUGCUUCUAAAAACAGAAUGGCUGCUAUCUCCUCCUUGUUCAGUGUCUGUCUGAUAAUUUUGAUUAUAGCAACUUUGCAAACUGAAGUCCUAUCAAGUUUCACUGCAAAGCAGUCGUGCAACUUUGAAUCCCCAGUAGCACCUGGAGCAAGCGUGUAUUGCACUGCCAGUGAUGGUGUGUUGGGGUGGGAGGAACAAGUAACGGAGGGGCAAGGCUCCUUUGGAGUAUCAACUGCUGGAGCUGCAAGGCAGGGGAACCCUGAUCGCCCACUCACAGAUUACAACCCUGGAACUGAAAAUGGCUCAUAUUUCUACUAUGUAAAAUCAAUCAACUACUUCAACCAGGCACUCCUCCUAUCUUAUCCGACUCAGAAAUUCAUCGCUGGAUUGAGUUUUUCGUUCUACAUGGUUGGACCCCAGAGUCUUCAAAUCCUUCAGUCUCAUGUCACUAGUUUUGAUAUUAUUUCAAACUACUCCUGGAAUGGGAAUGAAACUGUGACAUGGGAACGAGCUAAUAUUGAAUUCUCCACUCCUUAUCCUGAUGGUAACGUACUGUUUAUAUCACCGUCAAUUGGAGGAGAAAUCGGAGAAGCACCAAUUGAGAGAGAGCCUUUCUUAGCACUUGAUGAUAUUGAGUUAACAUUUGAUCUCCCGUGUGAUUUCAGUUUGCUGAGCAAUCAAGGGAAUCUCAUUCUCUCUCAUCCUUCUUUCCUUGAUAUAACCAUUGGAAACAUUAAUACAGUUCAGUUCACAGCUAUUUCUCCAAUCUGUACUGAUGGUCCUUUUAUAUACACUCUUGAUUCAAAUAACAUCACUGGGUUGGCAUCAAUAUUUCACUUGAAUUCAACAACUGGGCUACUGAGAGUGAAUGCAACAGGACAGCAUUUAAUAGGAGGUGGUGUUCCUCUGGGACUCAUCACAGUGAGUGUAUAUGUUCAGGAUUCAGGUUUUUUACAGCCUAAUGGAGUUGCUUUUAAAAGACAUGGGCUAUUGCAUUACCGUCAAAAGCCAACUAUUAUCAUUAGCUCUCCUUCUUCCAUCCCUUUGGCAUUACAAGAAGGAGCUGUAGGAGGAGGAGGAAGCAGCUUUAGUUAUACAUUAAAUGCUUCUUCUGCUCUCAAUGCUUCAUUCUCCUACAGUAUUAGCAAGAGUUUCCCUAGUUCAUUAGCUGAUAAUAUCACUAUCAAUGGGAAUACUGUUCAAGGAAUUUUCACUCAUCAACAUUUAGUUGAUGUUAUACAGCAUGGCAUAGCUGCCCCAUCAUUUACUAUAUUGAUCGUUGAUUCCUAUGGGGAAACAAGAAAUCAUACUGUUCAACUAAUUCUACCCAACACUCCAUCACUUGUAUUUAAUCAAGAUGAGUACAUCAUUCAUGUAUCAGAGAGUGGCAGUAUCAGUCUGAACCUGAGUAAUAUCCUGAUAGGGAGCUUGCCCAUAGUCCAAGACUGCAGCAAUACAAUUGCUGCACAAAUAUCAACAACAGAUUCAGUUAUUUCAAGCAAGUUUAAGCUAUACGCUCUCCCAUCCAUUCCGGCCUUGCCUAACUUCUGCACCUUUGUCCUUGCAGCGACCACAAAAGUAUUUGAUUAUGAGGAAAGGCAGGAGUACAUCUUUAACAUCACUGCUAAUAGCACACUGGGCUCAAGCUCUGUUGCAAUGGUAACAGUGUUAGUGAUUGGAGUCAAUGAAUAUGGGCCUGUUAUUAGCCCAAAAAUGGACACUGGGAUGAUAUCAGAUUAUGAACCAGUUGGUAGUCUUGUAAAAGUACUCAUGGCCACUGAUAAUGACGAGGGACCAGAUGGUACUCUAUCCUUUAGCCUAACACAAGGAAGCACUGACUACUUUCGAGUGCAGCAAAUAUCAAACUCGGAAGCACAUUUGGAAACCAAGCACUCACCGAUAGAACCCAGUGAGUAUCUUGUAGAAGUAACAGUUUCUGAUCAUGGUACUCCAUCUAUGAGUGAUACAGCAACAAUUAUUAUAACAGCAAUCGCUAGCAGUGAAAUACAGUGCAACCAGUCAAUAUUUGGUCCCCCAGUUAUAGUUAGUCAUACUCCUCCAUUAAGGCCAGCACUGAACUCUGUUGUGAAUCUUCAGUGUAACUACACUGCUAAUCCUCAGAUAUAUCCUAUAAAAUGGUACCGCUCAUCAUUGAGCAGUCCUCUCUCUUUUGAACCCAUAUCAUCCUCUUCCCAUUAUACCAUCACUGGUAACACACUCACAAUCAAUGGAGUCACUACUAACGACAUUCAGUUCUACACGUGUAACAUUACCAACCAGUGUGGCAGCAAUGUGACCAGUAUACCAUUACCUAUCGUCAUUCAACCGCCGUCCCCUCCAGGUGGGCUAUGGAUCACCUUUGGACCCUCUCAGCACUCCAUAUCCUUAUCAUGGACUCCAGCAACCAUCACAAUAUCCUCACCUGUUACCAGCUAUCUAGUUCAACUGAAAAGAGAGAAAGAAGAGAGCUAUCAAACUAUACAAACAGUCAAUUAUUAUACUGAUAGUUACGACAAGGCAUCAAGUGUAAAUAUAUUCCAGCUGCUACCUGGGACUGGUUAUAUUGUUCGUGUAGCUUCAGCUAAUGAAUAUUUUCAAAGCAAUUCAAAUGAAGUCAAUUUUACUACUACACCAAGUCCUCCAUUGCUUUCAUUUUUAAAUGCAACUGGACUGUCUGAUAAUUCACUUAAGAUUGAAUGGAUCCUCGAGUACACUGGCGGGUCACAUGACGUUCACAUGAUGCUAAGCGUCCAAUCAAAUCAAUUGAAAAGACGCAGGAGAUCCUUUGAUCCAGUUACCUACUCAUUCAAUGUGGGGGUCAACGAUAAUGUAUUGGUCACUCCUACUUUGCCAUUUGGCCGGAGGUACAAUGUAAUGGGUGUGGUCAGCAGUGAAUACGGUACUCAUCAACUGGCAACUACAGCAUUCAUUGGUAUACAGGACACAUUGAGUUGUCCUUUCUCACUCUCCCCAGAGGAUUCUUGUGGUUGGACUGUACAGGAGCCAGCAGGUUCACUAAGAUUAGCCUCUACAGUCUCUUCUCCUAGACCUACUAGUGACGCUAGAGGUCAAUCUGAUGGUGUAUACGUAUUAGGAUCAAUACCUAAUGAUGCAUCACUGGAAACACUGACACUAUUAGCAUAUCCUAGCAUUAGUUACAUAUGCAGCAUAUCUUUCUAUUAUCAAGUACGGGAGAAUGUGCGUCUGAGAUUGGAAUCUUCUGAGUCCCAGAAUGAGUCUCUGAUAUGGGCUAGUUCCAAUGGUGACCACACUCGUUGGACUCAUGUUCAAAUACCACCGGAAGACUUCCCUCUCUCUGUUAGUACGAGCUCAUUGCUCUUUACCAUGGAAACUGUAGACACUCCCUCUCCUGAGCUCUCCUAUGCUGCAGUUGAUGAUGUGAGCCUCACUUUCUGUCUUCCUUGCAACUACAGCAAACUUACUGGAGAUUCCAUUAGCUUGUCGUACAAGAAUUCUUCAAUCGUUUACAUUAGAAAAGAUCAAAACAUUACAAUAGAGGCUACAGUUGCUGAAUGCCCUCAUCCAAUUAUUCAGUACAGGAUACAGUCAAUUGUUCCCAAUGAGCUACUGGAGAGGCUUGUGAUACAGGACCAAAGGAAAGGAGUAAUCUUAAUUAGUGACAUUACAACUGACAUUGCUGAGGCUGGAACAAUAGGCUAUAUCAUUGUUGAGGCUGAAAUUGUUUCUGCUGAUUACAAGAAUAUCGGCAAUCCAAUAUCAAAAUCUUUUGUAAUUAGUUUCAUGAUAGCAGAGUUUUUUGAAAAUUGUUCCUAUAUUAAAUCAUGUGAUUUUGAAAGCGGGCCAUGUGACUGGAAGCUAAGCGACCAAUCGGAUUCAAGCAUCAAAGAAAUUGAGAGCAAUUCAUAUCUGUACAGUGAACCACUGCUAGACGCCUCUCUCUCAACCUCCAAUUCAUUCAUUAUUGGGCACUCAAUUAUUAAUGAUAGCUACUGUGGAUUAAGCUUCAGUUUAAUGAAGAGCAUUGACAUUGAUUUGCAUGUACUAGUGUCUGGUUUAGGAGUGGUAUGGUCCAGUUACUCUUUGCAUGAGUCUACAAACACUUAUAUCUCCUCUAAUGUCACCUGGAGGGACGUGUCUGUCUUCAUUGAUGUUAGCAGUGUGGAGAUUAUGAGUGGGAGAAAUGUCACUUUUGAAAUGGUUCCUGUGAUGACUGGCGAUGAUGAUUUAAGUGAUACAUUUGUUGCAAUAGAUAAUGUUACAUUGCAUCCAUGCGUUGAUUGUGAGGCUCAAGAGUGUAGUUGCAUUUCAUGCAUUCAGCAGUGUACAGUCAGCCCGUGUCAAGAUGGCUACUAUUUAUCACUUGAAGUCAAUCAGUGUAGACCCUGUCCUCCUGGGUACUACUGUGAGAAUUGGCGGUCAAUGCCUAAGCCAUGUCCACCUGGUACAUUUAGGAAUAUAACUGGAGGAACUGGCUUUGCUCAUUGCCAGGUUUGUUCCAAUGGUACCUACACAGUUCAAUAUGGUUCGGCUACUUGUCAAACCUGUCCAACUGGUUAUAAUUGCUCCAAUCCUGCUGUAUCCCCAGUGAAAGACUGCAGUGAAGUGGCCACUGUCCUUCCUACAACAGCACAACAAAGUCAUUCUCUUAGUUUAUACGUGGCAGCAGUUGUUGGUGGGUUUGUUGGUGUGUUGGUAAUUGGUGGAACUGCUUUGUUCAUAAUAUGUUUCUGUCACUAUCAGAGAAAGCAUAAAAAAAUGAGGCAAAGAAAGAGAGAGCAUAAAAUGUAUGCUGACAACUUUUACAUCAAUCCUGACAAAGACAAUAAGAGAGGUUUCAAAUCAGCAACUGUGAGAACAGCAUCAACUAUCUUAUCAAUGAUGGGUAGUAAAACAGAUGAUGGUAACAAGGCAUACAUGAAUCCGACUUAUGACAGUGAUUCAUCAGAUCAUGACAGCAGCUCCAUCUUCUCCUCUGAGACUCAAGCUAGCACUAUGAGAGGAGGAGGAAGGGGGGAAGGAGGGAAAAGACGUCUAACACGUGAUGCUACCAUUAACUCUUUAAAUAGUUUUGAUGUCAAGGUUGAUUGGUCUGAUGCUAAUCCGUUCCUCUCUGACUCACAAAGUCAUGGUAAUAUCAGUGACAUCAUCGAGCUGGAGGAUCAUAAUGACCAUGUCUGGCCCGCACUUCAGAGAAAGAAGAAGGAAGAGAGAGAGGAAGAGCAAGACACUUCAAUAAACAUAUAAAUCUGACUUUACUUCAUUGGCUAUAAAUUUACUUAGUUUUACAUGUUAAAGUUUAGUUUAUGGACCUGAAGAAAUAGCAAAAA